CACUAACCUUGUUUGUCUCAAUCUUGCUACUUAUUCUGUGAAAGUGCUUUUGGUAUAGUCACCACCAAACCAUAGACAUUAUUGAAGGGAAGAUAAGAUGAAGGACGAAGUUCCCACCGUCACAUCUCAAGCCACAAACGCCACCACCAUGACAAAGGGACACUACAAGUUCUGGGUCUUAGCUGCUAUUAUCCUUCUAGCUCUUUGGUCCAUGUUCACUGGCUCCGUCACUCUCAAAUGGACCGCAAACAACCUUACCCGUUUCUCCUAUGACUUCGAUUCUACGACUCUCGAAGAUCUCGAUGUGCUCGAAGUGGAGGAGAGGGAGAAGGUGGUGAAGCGCAUGUGGGAUGUGUACAGUCACAGGCACAGCAGCACCGCUCGGUUACCUCGUUUUUGGUGUGAUGCUUUUCAUGCUGCUUAUGAACACUUGGUGAGUGAUGUUUCUGCUGUACGAGAUGCUGCUGUUUCAGAAAUUGCCAAGAUGUCCCUUCACUCUCUCAAUUUGCACCACCUUCCUCUUCAUCUUAAAUCAGACUUGCUUGUGCAGAACUUUAGGGGAUCAAGAAAAAUGAAGCACGCAAAGAGUAGCGUGGAUGCUACAGUUGGAAGUAACCAAUAACAAGAAUCAUUCCUUUUGCUGUUGAGCAUUGAAAGUUGAAACAUGACACUGGUGUUGCAGGGACUGAACCAGAUCAUGUAUGAACAACACCUUCCAAAAUAUUCCCUUACACUUGUCCGAGUAUUACUCUUCCCAAAUGUACAAUUACCUAUUCUGUAUUGGUUUCGGGAUUGAGAUAUAAAAUUUGUGUGUAAAUCUUACCACGCUAGGCCUGCUAUUUAUUGUAUAUUUUUGUAUAUUACAUAUUUACAUUUGUAAUGUCAUGGAUGUACCAAUACGAAAUUGCUUUCUUGGACGGUAAAUAAAAAGUAUGCUAUAAGAGUA